AUGAAUCAAUUUAAAAGAUUUGUAGUAUCCGGAACAAAUUUAGUUAUGAAUAAAAGGUGUACAAGUGUCCACUCGGCUGGUAUUGAACAAAUACAUGAAAUGCCUCUUAAUGAAAUCAUACGACCAAUUCCACCGCAAGUAGAUGAAAAAAAGGUUAAGAGUUUAAUGGAUACUUUGUCAGAUCCAGAUCUUACAGAUUCAGUACCACCAAUAGAUGUGUUAUGGAUAAUAGGAAGAGAGGGUGGUAAUUACUUUUAUUCAUUUGGCGGAUGUCAUCGGUAUGAAGCUCACAAGCGUUUAAAGAAGGACACAGUAAAAGUAAAAUUGGUAUCUUCAAAUAUUCAAGAUUUACACAACUACUUGGGAGCAUCCACACCUGAUCUUAAAUGA